GACUGCGUUUUGUGGGGGUAAGCCCCAUCCUGAAGCAGUUGAUGAUUUCACUGUCUAAUUUUUUAUUUUUCUUUCCAGAAUGGGUUCUGGGAGGGUUCCAUGGAUGGUGCUUCUGCUAGUGAGUGUAAUUAGACUGGAUUCCUCCAGGAUUCAACGCAGAGACUCUCCAGUUCUGGAGUCUGGGAAGCCCAAGAUCAAGGGGUCAGCAUGGCUGUGUUCCGGUGGAGACUCUCUUCCUGAAGAUUUUGUGAUUCAGGCAAAGGCUGACUGUUACUUCAUCAAUGGGACAGAGAAGGUGCAGUUUGUGGUGAGAUUCAUUUUUAACUUGGAAGAGUAUGCACGUUUCGACAGCCACGUGGGAAAGUUUGUGGCAUUGACAGAGCUGGGGAAGCCUGACGCUGAGCUGUGGAACGAUCGGCCAGAUAUACUGGAGAGGAGUAGAGCUUCUGUGGAUGCCCUCUGCAGGCACAACUACAAUCUGGGUGCACCCUUCACUGUGGGGAGGAAAGUACAACCAGAGGUGACAGUGCAUCCAGAGAGGACCCCAUCCCUGCAGCAUCGCAGUGUGCUUCUCUGCUCCGUGACCGGUUUCUAUCCAGGCGACAUCAAGAUCAGGUGGUUCCGGAAUGGGCAGGAGGAGAGGGUUGGUGUCAUAUCCACUGGCCUGGUCAGGAAUGGAGACUGGACCUUCCAGACAGUGGUGAUGCUGGAAAUGACUCCUGCACUUGGAGAUGUCUACACCUGCCUUGUUAAUCAUGCCAGCCUGCUGAGCCCUGUUUCGGUGGAGUGGAGAGCUCAGUCGGCGUAUUCUUGGAGAAAGAUGCUAAGUGGAAUUGCAGCCUUCCUGGUUGGGCUGAUCUUCGUUUUGGUGGGGACUGUCAUCUGCUUCAGGGCUCAGAAAGGAUAUGUGGAGACUCGGUUGUCUGGUGAUGAGGUAAAGUCUUCGUCCUUGUCGUUGGGUGGCCGGUAGUUCUCCCAAUGCUUUGGCCAGAUGGAGAUGUCUUGGGGAUAGGAUGUGAGGCUGGCUCUGGCUGGGUGGCCUUGGGUGCCGAGCCUCCAUAAUGGGAUGGGGGUUCCUCCUGAGACCUUGAUCACCAUCCCUGCAGGUCUCAAGUGCAGUUUCAUCACCACAACCCUGCUAAGAGGUCCCAACCAAACCUUCUUGCCCUGGAGCCUGAAGUAGUACCGAGGAGCUAGAGCCCAGGACUAAAUGAGCCCUACGAGUUACCCUAACAUCAUCCUCUUUCCAACUGCGCUCUCCACUGUCUCCAGAAGACAAACAUGCAGAGGCACUGUUCCUCUUUCACUGUUUUUUUUUAUGACCUUUUUUACUGUAAAAUAAAAACAGAGAUACCAAUAACCACACAAAAUGUAGACUUUAAUGAAUUAUUUAAGGCAAAACCCCUGCAGUCACCACUCAGCUCAAGAAAUAGAACUUUACCAGCCAUGCAGGGUUUUCCAUGUACCUCAGACCCACCGAAACCCCCGAUGUCCUCUCAAAAGUAAUCCCUUUCUGAAUGUCAGAGUAACCACUUUGGUUGUAUUUUUUUAUUCCCUAGUCACUCAAGUCUGAAUUCAUGACAACAGAGUUUAGUUGCCUUGUAUGUCUCAUACUUUACUGGUUUCUUCUGCAUGCCUUUCCCUCCCUUAUGGCUAAUAUUUUGAAAAGCCCGAGGCAUUUGACCUGCAGAGUUUCCCACAAUCUGGAUUUUACCAACUGCACGCACCUGGUGCAGUUUAGCUUGUCCUUCUGUCCUCUGCAUUUUCUGCAAGUUGGCAUCUGGAAGUAGAGGCUGGAUAGACUUUGGUUUAAUUUCCUUGGCAAGUCUGUAGGUGGCAGUGUGCUUCCUCACCCUGAGGCACAGACCGUCCAGUUGUGUCUCUUUAUGGUGCUGUCACUGGUGGUGCUCAUUGCCUAGGCCCUUUCAUUCACUGGGGGCUGCAGAAUGGGGAUAUCCUCAUUUUGUCAUUCCUUCUUCAUUGAAAUGCUUCAUUGCUUCUGUAAAGAGACACCUCCCUUCAUAUAUUAGUGGGUUGCCCAGUGGUACAGUGGAAAGAAAGGAAAAGUGUUUAACUCUUUCCCUUUAUUAGUUUUCCAGCUGAUGAAUUUGGUUCCUACUAUUAUCCAAAGAUGAGCUGUUAGGUUUUACUUUUUAUUUUUCUUUUUUUUAUAUCAUUAUAAGCUCGAGGAUUUGAAUGUAUUUGACGGAUUUUAGCUAAUGGCAGUUUUUAGCCACAAGUUCAUUCUUAUCACCUUAGGUGCAUGGAAACUUCAUGUGACUCCCAAGUCCUUUUGACACAAGUCUUUUGAUAGUUUCUUUGUUAUCUGUUAUAUAACAAGAUGUUCUGUAUGUCUCCUGCCCAGACCUGCAAUCAGCGAUUGUUUUACAAAGCCCUGGCUUAUUUUAGUGGGAAAUGUCACUGAGACCAUGAUGUGGAGCUAGGAGUUCGUCAUUAUAUCAGGUCUUCCUGGUGGAAACAAAAAUGUUUAUGUGCAAUAUUCAUAUUUAUAGAAGUAUAAGAUUUAUGUAUCUAUAAAUAAAAAAUUAAUCGCUUUUCUAUUACACUUGUGUCUCCUUUCUUCCACACCAAUAAUUCUGGUUUUCAAAGACACAGGGAUAUGUACAAUGAGAAUAUCCACCAAACUCAUUUGCUUUUACCGAAUGAACACACAGCGGUCUGAGGAUAAUGAUACUCGUACUACAACCACCAAAAUGAUUACUGAAAACAGUUAAUAUUUCUUUUGCUUUGUUCUCCUCAUCAUUUUCCCGUUUUAUAGUUGUCCUAUAUCUAUAUUAAUGGGUCCCAUACCAUUACAAAGGAUACUUGCUCCCUUUUCAGUCCUAGUUCUGUGAGUAAUAACAUGUAUAAUGCUGACUGCUAUUCCUUAUGUUGGUGUCCCUCGAGUGUAGUGUUCUCAAGUCUGUGGACUCUUAGAGGUCCUUGAGACACUUUUGGGGGAUCUGCAAGGUCAAAACAAAUUUUAAAAUAAUAAUAAUGUUUUAUUUUCUUUUUUCACUGUUUUGUACUGGUGAUGCAAAAUCUACAGUGGGUAAAACUUUUGGUGCCUUAGCGCAAACCAGGCAGUAACACCAAACUGUAUAAGUAGUCAUGGUAUCUUCGGCUGCCACUUACUUGCAGUGAAGAAUCCUCAGAAAGUCCAGCUUCACUUAAAGAUAGCCUUGAUAAAGCAAGAAAAAUCAUUAGCUUUACUAACUCAUGAAUCUCAAGCAGGAAUCUUUUUAAUCUGCAGUGUGACAAAUUAGCAUUUCUGUUGCAAAGUGACAGAAGAGCAUUUAUCCUGGGGACACGCACUGUGUAAUUGCUUGAGUUGUGUUAAAAAACUAGCCACCUCUUCUUUUUCUUUUCUUUCUUU